UUAAUCAUCAUUUACCAUAGGAGCAAAAUUAGCAUGCUAGACGGAAAACAGAAAAUAUCUUUAUAUAUAAUCUUCAGUCUUCACACGUGAGAAGGAAGGUUACAAAAAUGGUAAGAGGGACAUUCGACAAUCCAAUCAAUGCUCAGCCAAAAUCAAAGAAAGCCUCAGGUCCCAGCUCUCAUCAGUGAUCUCGACUCUCUGAGCGCCAGUGGCUUGCAAUGGCGGAAAUGAAUGGGAACCACUGGAUCGAUCCGAAGAGCGGGUUCUCCCCUACAACCAAGACCUACCAUAGCCUCCGACCUCCGGUACCUUUUCCGCCGAAGCACCGCCCUCUUUCCCUCGCCGAGUACGUCAUCUCCCUCCUCCGCUCCGCCCCUGACUCACCGCUCGAAACCACCAACGUUCUUAUCGACGCUUCCUCCGACUACCGCCUCUCGUAUUCUCAGUUCCUCCGGCAAGUCCAAUCCUUGGCCGCCUCUCUUCAGCGCAUCACCGGCCUUUCCAAAGGCGAUACUGCUUUCAUUCUCUGCCCUCCUUCUCUCAAAAUCCCUGUUAUCUACUUUUCUCUCCUCUCUCUCGGCGUCACCAUUUCUCCCACCAAUCCGCUCGGCUCCGACUCCGAAGUUUCUCACCAGAUUCACCUCUGCAAACCUGCGAUUGCAUUCGCUUCUUCGAAAACUGCUCACAAGCUGCCGAGCCUGCGGCUCGGCACGGUGCUUGUUGAUUCGCUGGAGUUCGACUCUAUGAUGACAGAGAAUGGAGCAGGUUAUGGUAAACGAGUGGAGGUGAGUCAGUCUGACCCGGCCGCGAUUCUCUAUUCGUCCGGGACCACGGGACGAGUGAAGGGAGUGUUGUUGACCCACCGGAACCUGAUCACGCUUAUCGCUGGAUUCCACCAUAACCGGCUAGAGAAAGAGGAGGAUGGGCCGCGCCCAGUGUCGCUGUUCACGCUGCCGCUAUUUCACGUGUUCGGAUUUUUCAUGCUUGUGAGGGCAGUCUCGUUGGCGGAGACCUUGGUUCUGAUGGAGAGGUUUGAUUUCGAGAAUAUGUUGAAGGCCGUAGAGAAGUACCGAAUCACGUAUAUGCCGGUGUCGCCGCCCCUUGUGGUGGCGCUCGCAAAGUCGGAGUUCGUCGGCAAGUACGACCUUAGCUCGCUUCAGUUGCUUGGAUCAGGCGGGGCGCCGCUGGGAAAGGAGGUUUCCGAGCGGUUCUCCGCACGAUUCCCCAAUGUACAGAUGGUACAGGGAUAUGGUUUGACUGAAAGUGGGGGAGGGGCAGCAGGGAUGGCAGACCUUGAUGAGGCUAAGCGGCAUGGAUCUGUUGGUCGCCUAAUGCAUGAUAUGGAAGCCAAGAUAGUUGAUCCUAAAACUGGAGAGGCCUUACCACCUGGCCAGCAAGGGGAGCUGUGGUUGCGCGGUCCAACAAUCAUGAAAGGUUAUGUAGGAGAUGAUGAGGCAACUGCUGCAACCUUGGAUCAAGAGGGCUGGUUAAAAACUGGCGAUCUUUGUUACUUUGACUCUGAUGGAUUCCUAUUCAUUGUUGAUAGGUUAAAGGAAUUGAUCAAAUACAAAGCAUAUCAGGUUCCUCCUGCUGAGUUGGAACAUUUACUGCAAUCCAAUCCAGAAAUUGCUGAUGCUGCUGUAAUCCCGUAUCCUGAUGAAGAAGCAGGACAGAUACCAAUGGCCUUUGUGGUGAGAAAACCGGGAAGCAGCAUCACUGAGGCUCAAGUUAUGGAAUUCAUUGCAAAACAGGUUGCACCAUACAAGAAGAUACGGCGCGUAGCUUUUGUCAACUCCAUUCCAAAAUCUCCUGCAGGAAAGAUCUUACGAAGAGAACUGGUCAAUCAUGCGCUCUCUAAACCUAGACUAUGAUCCAUUUAUCUAUUCAAUCAGAGUGGGAGCAAAGAGCAAGAAGUAAACAUGCCCAAAAUAUUUUCAUCUUACUCUGGCAUGGAAGCCAUCACCGGCAUAUUGAAAUCACAACUGAACCAAAUGGCCUCAAAAUAAAAAUUUUCUAUUUCCCAAUAUACCUGUCUGAGUUUCCUCACCCCAGGCCCUCAUGUAGCCUAUAACCAUAAUACAGUUAUUAUAAUUGUUUUGUAUACUACCUAUAGCUUUAGGAAGUCGCGGAAUUGUGUUGAUUAAAACCAUUUUCAGCUACGUGAUUCAUCAAUUAUCAACCUUCUUGAGUUCUUUUA